AUGCACCCCGACCUGUCCCCUCACCUGCACACUGAUGAGUGUAAUGAGCUAAUAACCCUUCUGAGGCAGUGCCACACAGAGCACAAUUUCCUGAAGUUCUUUGGAACCUGUAAUGAAGUGGACCGUGCCAUGCGUCAGUGUCUCAAGAAAGAAAGACUGGACAAGCGGGAGCGUAGCAAGCAGCACGCCAAAGACAUGAAAAAGAGGCUGAAAGAGGGACCAAAGGAGGGUUUCUGAAGAAAAUGUUAUGGCAGUUUAUCACUGGCUCUGCAAGUUACACGCUGUCAAUCUUUGGGACUUUGAAUUCAGCAUGUGAC